AUGAGCUUCCAGAGGUUAACAAGAGUAUUCGGUUGGGGAAAAAUGGUAAAGGCUCUGUAUCUGGGACCACCAGGUACAUAUUCACACCAGGCUGCAUUACAACAGUUUGAUUACAGUAACGAAGUGGAAUACAUCCCCACGAGUUCAAUUCCAGAAUGUAUACAGAAGUUAGAAACUGAUAAAUCCAUUGACUAUUCAGUCAUACCCUUGGAAAAUUCAACCAAUGGUCAAGUGGUCUUCUCCUAUGACUUACUACGAGAUCGUAUGGUACAUGAAGAAGGGCUCAAUCGACAAGGAAACCGAGUGAUACCUACGUUAGAAGUCGUUGGUGAACAGUAUGUUUCCAUCGCACACUGUCUAAUUGCUACCGAACCUAAACCAGCUUUGGGAGAUUUCUCUAGGGUCCAAAUAUAUUCACAUCCACAAGUAUGGGGUCAAGUAAGCAGUUAUCUGCAGCAACUUCAAUCAAAGUUCCCAAAUACAACAUUUGAAAAGAUCGAUAGUAGUUCUACGUCUGAAGCGGUUAGACGUAUAUUGAAUUGUGAAUCCAAACGUGGUAUAAUUGAUGUUGCCAUUGCUGGUGAAGUGGCAGCUAAAUUGAAUAAAUGUUCCGUGGUAGAUACAGGUAUUAACGAUGUAAAGGGAAAUACAACUAGAUUUCUCAUUCUACAGAGAAGAAACCAUCGUCAAAUCGUAUCCCAAUCUCCAAAAGUUUCAUUGAUGACCUUUACGACAAAGCAAGAUGAUCCCGGUAGUCUUGUAGAUGUCCUAACGAUUCUAAAGACCCACGGCGUUAACAUGUGUUCCAUUAAUUCGAGGCCCUACAACAGGGGUAAGCAAAAAUGGCAAUAUGUGUUCUUUAUAGAAUAUUACUACCAAAACGAAGGUCAUGAUUGGGACGUCUUUUACCAAGAGUUAGAGAAUCUCUGUUCAGAAUGGUGUCUAUGGGGGAUUUUCCCACGUAAUGCAAACUAUUACGCCUAG